AGUUUCAGUUUUGAAGAUCACUCGUAGCAAAGCGGACGCUUAGCACAGCGGCCAGAGAAAGCUGAAGUUAUAGUUGGCAAAAAUAACAAAUCGAUCCGAUCUUCACUUCCGAACUCUUGUAACACUUGUGUACUUAAAUGUGAAUAAAUAUUGAGCCAGAUCCAACAAAGGUGGUUCACCACAACAAAGAAAGUAGUCCAAUAUCAAUGUCAUGCGAUCGUGAAAACACUCGAUCGUUUCAAAUCCGGGGUCAGAAGCUCUCCGGCUGAUUAACGCACUCCGCAUCUACGCGCUGCGAGCGAAAUAAAUGAAAAUAAACAAAAAACAGGAAAACACACAAAUACGGCAAAUGCGAACAGCAACAACAAAUUAACAGAAACGCGCGGAAUAUAGAAAAACACGUUUCCACAAAAAGGCGAUUGGAGCGAAAAAAAAAACAGAAAAACAAUUUAGCCAAAUAACAACAAAUAACACAAAUUGUCAUCGCUUUUGUUAUUUCGAAUACGAUACACGCGCACACGCAUUCGAAAAUUAAAGGCCCUGAUUCUGGCCAUUACCAAAUAUGUCCAAAAGCCGAGCUUGAAUCGAGAUCGCGGCGAGUCGAGCAGCUAGCUUGUAACCCGAGCAGCCGUGACCACAGAAAACUCAUUGCAGAUACUAGAUAUCCGCACAGUACAUAUACAUAUAUAGCCCACAACCCAUAUACAACUGUACGCCAUGGAGCGUUCGCACAGCUGUAGCAAUUUCGAGGGCAGGACGGGGGCCAAGGUCGUCGCUGGGGCAGUGGAGCAAUUGGCCGGCAGCAGUGAGCACCUGCCCAACGCCCACUUUCCGCCCAGCAAGCCGCUGCGCAGGCGCAGAAAACUGCAGCGACAGCAGAGUGCCGUCGAUACGGAUGACAUGGAAUAUGCCGCCGAUCUGGAGGAGAAUGCCGAUCCGGAUGGACAGGAGCUCAUGUCGCCCCUGCGCCAUAUAUCUGCCACCACUACGCGUUGCCUGCGCCACGAGGAGUCCUUCGAGUCCUCCAGCACGGUGCCCGAACUGAGUCCGCAGGCGCUGAGGCAACAGCGCUUCAGUAGCCUGCUCCUGCGUGACAGCUCCGUAUCCGUGCAGUCGGACUCGAGUCGGUAUUCCAGCGUGGACAGCUUGCUGGAGGCACGCAAGCCAGAUCCCGAGGCCAUACUCAUCAACCUGGGCUUUGGACCGCUCAGCUCGGAGGAUAUGCUGUCGCGGAUACCACGACGCUUUCUGAAGCCCUCGCAAGUGCCUGGCAUCGAUACGGAUGCCUUUGUGCAAAGACUGACUCUGGCGCGAUCCCUGGCCGACUCGAGUGUUCUGGGCUAUAGAGGUCUAACCGGAAAUCCCGACAUGCCGCCCUCCUCCAUUGUGGCCAGCAUUAUGAAGCGAUUCGAGGUCAAUCAUCAUAGGAAAAACUCCAUGGGCUCCAUUAAGCCCAGCAUACAAUAGCGCUCUUUGAAUUCCUAGCCAUACAACAUAAGUUAGUCAGCCAAAUUAGAGGACUUUCGCUUACGUUAAUUGUUGCCAAGCGGGGUUAUGGGUGACCUGUGACCUGUGACCCAUGUGAUCGUCUUGUCCAUUAGUCCUUACAAGUGCCGCGUACUUAGCUGUUUAUCUGUACUAUUGUAUUAUUGUAUACGUACUUUCUCCCCCCUCAACUAUUGUGAACUUGUUUUAAGCAUGUAUUAAAGAUAAUAUUUUAUGAGACAUUUUAA